UGUACUUCCUGGUUGUAGCUGUCAAACAUUACGGUUUGGAUACCAACCGAUGAUCUCAGUCGCCGCCCUGCAUCGCCCUGAGCGAGUUUUAAUCAGCUACAACACAAGAAAUCCUGGACGAUGGCGUUCAGGAAGGCUCUGAAGCGGACGGCGAUCAUCGGCGGCGGGGCGGUCGCCACGGUGUUUGGCCUGUCACAGCUGAUUGAGUACAGGAAGACGCAGCAUGGAUUGGCUCGGUUAGCGCACGUGGCAGCAGAAGCAGAGCUCAGGGUUCCCUUCGCCGACGAGUUUCCCAGUCGGCAGGCUCAGCUCGCGGUGCUGCAGAACACGGAGGAGUUUGAUGUCCUGGUUGUCGGAGGAGGGGCCACGGGUUCAGGAUGUGCCUUAGACGCUGUCACACGCAACCUGAAGACUGCUCUCGUAGAGCGAAACGAUUUCUCUUCGGGGACGAGCAGCCGGAGUACCAAGCUCAUCCACGGUGGCGUCCGCUACCUGCAGAAGGCCAUCAUGCAGUUGGACUACGAACAGUACAUGAUGGUGAAAGAGGCCCUCCAUGAGCGAUCCAACCUCCUGGAGAUUGCCCCUCACCUGUCUGCGCCGCUACCCAUCAUGCUUCCUGUUUACAAAUGGUGGCAGUUGCCUUACUACUGGGCGGGGAUCAAGAUGUACGACUUGGUGGCGGGAGUCCAGUGCCUGAAGAGCAGCUACGUGCUCAGUAAGACCAAGGCCUUGGAGCAUUUCCCCAUGCUGAAGAAGGACAAGCUGGUGGGAGCCAUCGUCUACUACGACGGGCAGCACAAUGACGCCCGCAUGAACCUGGCCAUCGCCCUGACUUCUGCACGCUACGGCGCCGCCAUCGCCAACUACACCGAGGUGGUCCACCUGCUGAAGAGUAAAGACCCGCAGAGCGGCCAGGAGAAGGUGUGUGGCGCUCGCUGCAGGGACGUCAUCACAGGGCAGGAGUUUGACGUGAAGGCCAAGUGUGUGAUCAACGCCACCGGGCCGUUCACAGACUCCCUGAGGAAGAUGGACAACCAGGAAACCAAAAACAUCUGCCAGCCCAGCGCCGGCGUUCACAUCGUCAUCCCCGGUUACUACAGCCCCGACAACAUGGGUCUGCUCGACCCGGCGACGAGUGACGGACGCAUCAUCUUCUUCCUGCCCUGGGAGAAGAUGACCAUCGCCGGUACGACCGACUCGCCCACCAGCGUGACGGCCCACCCCAUCCCGGGGGAGGAUGACAUCAACUUCAUCCUGAGGGAAAUCCGCAACUACCUCAGCCCUGACGUAGAAGUGCGCCGAGGAGACGUGUUGGCGGCGUGGAGCGGCAUCCGUCCCCUGGUGACCGACCCCAACUCCAAAGACACUCAGUCCAUCUGCAGAAACCACAUCGUCAGCAUCAGUGACAGCGGGCUGGUCACCAUCGCUGGUGGGAAGUGGACUACGUACAGAUCGAUGGCCGAAGAGACUCUGGACGCGGCCGUCAAAGCUCACAGCCUGACAGCCGAGCCCUGCAAGUCCGUGGGUCUGAUGCUGGAGGGAGCCAAGGGCUGGACGCCGACCCUCUACAUCCGCCUGGUGCAGGACUACGGGCUGGAGAACGAGGUCGCGCAGCACCUGGUCGCGACGUACGGAGGAAAAGCGUUCGACGUGGCCAAGAUGGCUCAGGUCACCGGGCAAAGAUGGCCGAUCGUGGGGAAAAGAUUGGUGUCCGAGUUCCCUUACAUCGAGGGCGAGGUGCUGUAUGCGAUGAAGGAGUACGCCUGCACAGCUAUUGACGUCAUCGCCCGACGAACUCGCCUGGGCUUCUUGAACGUGCAGGCGGCUGAUGAAGCCCUCCCACGCAUCGUGCAGAUCAUGGGGAAAGAGCUGGGCUGGAGUGAGGAGAAGAAGACGGCGGAGCUGGAGGCAGCCAGGAAGUUCUUGUACCUCGAGAUGGGCUACAGGUCUCGCUCUGAACAGCUCACCAAGACUUCUGAGAUCAACCUGGACAACCAGGAAGUAGCCAGGUACAAGAAGCGCUUCCAUAAGUUCGACAAAGAGAGCAAAGGAUUCAUCACGACUGUUGACGUGCAGCAAGUUUUGGAAAGCAUCAAUGUCCACAUUGAUGAGAACGCGCUCCAUGAAAUCCUUAAUGAGGUGGACCUCAACAAGAACGGACAAGUGGAAAUUGAUGAAUUCAUGCAGCUGAUGAGCGCAGUGAAGAAGGGACAAGUGUCUGACAGCCGCCUGGCCAUCCUGAUGAAGACGGCGGAGGAGACUCUGAACACACGAGGGCCCGUGACGGUGGACCGCAGCGGGGGCGGAUUCUGAUCCAGAGGAUGCCAAGUUAAAAAAGAAUUAAAUCAUCUACUGGUUCGUUUUAAAAGAUGGAGACGAUCAAAGGGGUCUCAUUCAAAUGGCGCUAUUUGAAUGACAAUAAUGCAAUCAAGCACUCGGCGGGUGAAUUUGGCCAAAUCAAGCGGCGGUCCUGAGUGUGUGAGUGACGAGCGUCUGAAGAUGGACGCUGACGACCCGUCUGCUCUCAUCUGGUGCCUCUGAUGUCACACAGCACAUCUGUUUUAUACCGUCUUUUAAACUUUGAUAUUUUAAUCAUCGCUAUCUUUGUACUCGUUUUUAAACUUGAGGUGUUUUUUUUUUUUAACAUUUACGGACCGCGCUUGUUGGAGCGACGGUCCUCGACGCGACGCAGCUUCUAAAACUUUAUUUUACGGGUUCAUAAUUCCCUGGAAAUAAAUAUGUAACCUGCUAAUUAUAGGGCGAGUAAAGACGCACUUAAAGCAUAUAACUUUACAGAAAUAAUGACUCAUAAGUAAUAUUUAGAAUUAAACAUCGACUCACUUCCAGGUAACUUGGACCCCUAAAAUAAAGCCGAGCAUUUGAAUGUGUUUCUGAUUUUAAGCUGAUUUUUAAUGGUUCUUAAAGCACUCGGAGAUGUUUCUACUCGCUCAUCUGCUUCGUCUACGGACUUCUUCCAUGUGUUGCACUGCCAGCUGCUUCUCUGAGGUUUACACGACCAGGUUUCCAGCUUCAGCGUUGGGUUUUAAUCUUUCCAUAAAUCUAUAUUUUGUAUUAUUUAUUGCUUUUUCUCGUUUAGACAGAGAUGCACUUAAAGAGAUUGAAAUGUGUUGCAUGAGAGAGGACUUUAAAGGGAGGUGUUUGCAUGCCACGUGUUCUCUAAAUGAUGAUCUUUAUUUUUACAACGUGUGUUUUUGAAGUGGAGAUUCUUUUGUUUCUUGCGGCGAGGAAGCGUGUGAACCUGCACGCCGAUGUUUUCAGUGUUUCUGCGACGCACAGUUUGAAUCGUGCAUGCUUCAUCUUCUCGUGAUCUUUAGGAAAUGAAAAGGCCGUGCUCUGUGUGACUGUCUAUGUGCCUUGAUGUGCCUAAAUCAUGACUCUUUUUCACAAUGCCACACUCCAUGUUCAACUAAUACUGCAAAUUCUGAAUGUAAAGAUAUUUAAGAGUGUAUAAAGAAGAGUAUUUAAA